GUGGUCGAGAGUACUCGAUUAUUCCUUCAUGAUGAGAAUUCUGUGGAUUUUGGUUUUACUAGCCAGCACCUACGCCAAACCCGAAUAUUUAACUGCAUUCCUAGAUAAACUGAAUUCUAGCAACAACUCUUGUGAUUUCACUAUAAAAGGAAGGAAUUAUGGAAUUGUUGGAAUGCUGCCUUGUAAUUUAUUGUACACAGCUUUUCAACGCCCAACUAGAGUUAGUCUUGAAAUACGUGGAAAACGCAUCAGUGUUGGCUUUUCGGAUGACAAUCACUUAGCUCGUUGGCGUUCGAAUAAAAUGGAGAAUAUUAUGAACAAUGUUUCAUAUCGGUCGACACUGGAAACAGAAAUAUAAGAAACAAUAAUGAGUAUCACACUACUAAAGAUCCAAAUAUAUGUAACACGGCCAUGUUGGCAUUUUAUGCCAAUCAGACCAUUGAAAUGAUAGGUUCCGUAGAUCUGAGAACAAAUAAUUCCAUCAUCAUUGAUUUCAAGAAUUUUUUCUGUUUUGACAAAUUAUAAUCUGCGAUUUCUGAUAAAGGAAAGUGAAUAUGAUGGAGAUAAUCAUCUACUAGACAUAAGAGCACAUUAUUAACAUUAUUUUAUUAUAGAAACAAAGUUGUAUGCUCAUAUUCAUUUUGCGUUACAUACAAUAUGAACGAAUUGUGUCGUAGAAGUGGGUCGUAUAUGGAUAAACAAGAAGAGUAUUCUGCUAUAACCAUAAUACUGUCUUAGUCAGUUGCUAUAAAAUUGUAUCUACAAGUUCAUUCCAAUAAAAUAAAGUAAAAGUAUUUACUUCUUCUUUAUGAAUAUGAUCCAAUAUGUGCUAUUGUUUUUGUAUAUAUUGUGAUAUGCUCAAUCAAUUUGAUAUUUAUAUCUGAUGUGUAUAAUACCUACACAUCCGUAGUUCUUGGAGUUAAAAUAUCAUUAAUAUUGAUUAUUACAAAAUCGAAAUGUGAUAUGGAUAUUCUGAAUUCUGAGUACAAUAUAAAAGUAGGGAGGGGACAGGUUUUUUAGCAUAAUUUUUCAUAAAUUUUAGAAAUCAACACUCAGUGUUUCCAUUUAUUAUAUCAAGGGUAUAUGGUUAAUACGAUUAAAGUAUAAAGCAAAAAACCAGUUCAAUGAUAAUAAUAAAUAUUAGUAUUAUCAAUGAGUAUAAGCAUAAACCCAAUGUUGAAUGCACAAAGGUACAUAUACAGGGUGUGGCGUAAUGAAUGGAUAAUAUUGAGCCAGGGGGUAGAGGAC